UUCCGGUAAGUGUGAGCAUGCUUCUUUCCGCCUGUAACCUCAGUCAUGGCGGUAGGUAAGAAUAAGGGACUGUCGAAAGGAGGUAAAAAGGGAGUGAAGAAGAAGAUUGUUGAUCCUUUCACCCGUAAGGAUUGGUAUGAUGUUAAGGCACCGUCUAUGUUCACCAACCGUCAUGUUGGCAAAACGUUGGUUAACAGAACCCAAGGAACAAAGAUUGCAUCUGAAGGACUGAAGUACAGAGUAUUCGAAGUCUCUUUGGCUGACUUGCAAAAUGAUGGAGAUGCAGAGAGGUCUUUUCGUAAAUUCAGAUUGAUCGCAGAAGAUGUUCAACAUCGCAAUGUGUUAACUAAUUUCCAUGGUAUGGACUUGACCACUGACAAAUUGAGGUCUAUGGUUAAGAAAUGGCAAACUCUGAUCGAAGCUAACGUCGAUGUAAAAACUACUGAUGGCUAUCUUCUCAGAGUUUUCUGUAUUGGUUUUACCAACAAAGAUCAGUUGAGCACAAGGAAGACAUGCUAUGCUCAACAUGCACAGGUGAAGAAAAUUAGGCAAAAGAUGGUGGACACAAUCACCAAUGAUGUUACAAAGAGUGACUUAAAGGGUGUUGUCAGUAAACUUCUUCCAGAUGCUACAGCUAAAGACAUUGAGAAGGCUUCGCAAGGAAUCUAUCCACUUCAUGAUGUCUAUAUUCGCAAAGUGAAAGUAUUGAAGAAACCGCGUUUUGAACUAAGCAAACUGUUGGAACUUCAUGGGGACAGCGCAGGGAGUAAGACUGAGGAAGUAGGCGAAAGUGGUUCAAAGGUCGAUAGACCAGAAGGUUAUGAACCGCCAGUACAGGAAUCUGUUUAAGGGAGUAAUUCUAUUUCGAUAUUUGAUAUAAAUAAAAGACACGUUCAGUGUAGAAA